UACAGGUUGUGUAACAGUCAAGAUGAGUCCUUCUUCUCUCUCUCUCCUUUCUUUAUUGUUGUUAUUGUUAAAUGGUACAGUACAGUCUAAUGAUUGUAGUACUGAAGGAUUUAUGGAACUAAGUUUACUGGAGGAUAAAACUGGCAGUACUAACAACAAUGGACCAAGUACUGCAGGACUAGCAGAAUCAGUAGAAACAAGAUGGAUCAUAACUGAAGAAGAUAAAAAGUUCAUUGGGGGUUGUGAUUUUGAACUGACUGAAGUAUUAGUUGGAGUUGACAUUAGAACUGAAACUGAUAAUAGGAACCAAUAUCCUAGAAUAGAGAUAUGGAGAGAAAGAGGAAAUUUUUACAGAGACCCAGUGUCUGUUGAACUUAGAUUAUCUCCACAAAAUUUCACUGCCAAUGGACUGUAUCGUUAUACAUUACCUUUUCCUUUGAAGAUUGAGGCGGGAUAUGAUGAUUAUAGACUAGGAGUAUAUCAACCUCCUGAUGAUAGAAGUGUUGUGAGAUUUUAUAAAGUAACUGGUACUGGUCAAAUUGGAAGAGCAGAAGAUUAUACCAAUAAUGAUCGCAAAGUUAGAAAAAAGGAAAUAACAUUACAAAACUCAAGUAUCCUAAUACAUCCAAUUACAAGUAACAAUUGUAACUAUCCUCCAAUUAAUGAAAGCUCAUUUAAUACAAACAGUCUAUCAGUGACUAAUGUAAUACCAGUCAAUGAUACAAGAGCUUUUCCUGAUAUACAGUUCACAUGUAAUGGUAUUAUUACUAACUGGAUAAUUGGUAUUACACAGAAUCAGACUAAAAGCAAACAUUAUCCUAACAUUUAUUUAAAACAUUCUUCUGAACUGAUUCAUGUACUAACUGUUGAUGCUUCUGCUGCUACAUCAAGUAAUGGUAAUGUACAUAACUUUACUAGUGAUAUUGAAGUACAGUAUGGAGAUAUAUUAGUAAUCAAUGUAACCACUAAUAGUAAUCCAAUGUAUUAUCAACAAUACAAUGGACCAUUGAAUUAUCAGCUUGAUAGCAGCAAUGGAUUAAUACCCUUGGAACAUAAUGACUAUCCACUGAUGUCAGUUGUAGUAGAGCCAAGUCCAUCAAUACUAGAAAUGUCCUCCACUCUUACUUCUACAUAUACUCAAUCACUAACAACAAACUCACACAUUCAAGCCUUGAUGACCAGUUUCCUCACACUAUUGACAUCAAUUUCAAUAAACAAUACACUUCACAUCACAAACACACACUCUCAAUCAUCAAACACUCUGCCUUCGACCCUUCCUGUUACUAGUCCUACACCAUCAAUCAGUGAUGGUACAGUCAGUCCUCCUCCUCCCAUAGUAUCAACCAUCAGUAGUACAUCAAUUACUGAUAGUUCAACCAGUAAUCCAUCAGUUACACUAUCCACUGAAGGUACACUUCAAAGCACAGGGAGUAAUACACUAUCAGCAGUACUUAGUACAGUAUUUAUAUUACUGGUAGUUACUAUACUAGUAAUAUUAAUAGUGGGCGCAUUAGUGUAUAGGAGAAGAUUGUAUAAAACAUCAAAUGAAAAUGAGACUUUCAGUUCUGAUGAAAAAAAAGCUGAUAUACAUCAACAAUCAGAUGCACUAAGAAUGAAUGAAGGACAGAAUCCUGCCUAUGGAGUUACUGGUGAAAACUGUAAUACUUAUGUAUCUGCUAAUCCUGCUUAUAGUAUAAUUACUGAAAAAUCUGGUAUCUCUGCUAAUCCUGCCUAUGGUAUUCACAACAGAGAAGGAAUAGAAAGUAUUGAUGAACAAGAAUUAGUAUAUGAUGAACCAAGAACAAUGAUGUGCAUUAAAUCAGAGGAUGUGCAUGGCAAUAAAGAAUGAAGGUGAUAAACAA